CGGAGGGAACUGAAGAGGCUAAGACACCGAUCACAGGCGGAGGGAUACGUUUCCAUGGGAACGCAGAAUCUCUCCUGUGCAGUAGACCGGCCUUAUGAAACACUAAAAUUUAACCGUUGAUGUUGCAGCCGUCGCUGCCGUUCUGCUGGGGAACCUGGCCUAGACUACCAAGUGAUCUUUGGGGCUCAUCAGAGGUAAUUGGGAGUUUGGCCAAGAUGAGAAUAUCCUAAUGCUGCACCUCACAACUAGUAGUUUGUUUGCCUCCACUAUAACAGCACCACCUCAGACUGUGGAAGAAGUGACUCCAGGAAGGAGAACAGGAGCUACCCUCAUCACAGCCACAUCACUCCACUGCAGUUAUUUCCCAUCUCUAAAGUGGGGAAGCAAAUAUGUCCCUUAUUCUAUAUAAAAGAGAAAAUGAUAAUGCAGAUGACUUAACACCAUUUACUUUAUGUAAGGAAGAAAAUGAUAAGGAUGACAAGUUCGAAGAUGCUUAUGAAAUUAUCCCUGUGGCAACAACGAUGAAUCUACUAUCCUCUCUGGAAGAAUGCACAACUGGAUUGUAUUUAUUUCUAAAUAACAGAUUCUCAGAUGCCAUAAAUCUCAUUCAUCCAUGGUCGAAAAACAGCAUAUACCAUGCCCUCAUUUAUGGUAUCCUUAUGGUUGUCAAGGCCAUCUUAACUUUUGAUCCACAGGAUAUACAGAUUGGAAUGACUGCUGCAAAGGAAGCUUUGAAAACCUGUAACAGUUUCCGAAGAAAAGCUAGGAUAACAAGUUUUUCUCGUGUGGUGGGUAAACAGGGAAUAAAAGCUGUCAAAGAAGAAGAAUUGCAUGCAGAAAUCUGCUAUGCUGAGUGUUUGAUCUUGAAAUCCACUAUAACAUUUAUACAGGAGGAGAAUAUACUUGGUUUUCUUAAAAGUGGGAUCAACAUUGGGCUAAGUUACCAAAUAUAUAAAGACUGUCAACAAGUGUUAACACAGAUACCUAGCAACCAAAGCAAAACCUACAGACACCUGGUUGGAGGAAUAAAAUUUGGACUUGGAGCAUUCAAUUUGAUAUUAUCACUUGUGCCACCAAAGAUACUUAAAUUACUCAAUAUUGUUGGAUAUUAUGGUAAUAGAGAGGUAGGUUUGGCUUUGCUUUAUGAGAGUGCAUCUAAAUUGCAUAUAAAUAAUAUCUUAAGUAUUUUGACUCUACUCUUUUAUUACAAUUAUAUCAAUGUAGCUUUUGGUAUUGAAAAGGGUCACAAUUCUACUAUAGAAGAUCUCUUCCUGUUCUACCUCCAGAAAUUUCCAAAGUGUGUCAUACUUAAAUUUUUCCAUGCACGUUUUAGUAUGCUGAAAGGAAAUUUUGAAAAUGCACAGUUAAUAUUAGAAGAGUGCAUUUUUCUUCAGAAUGAAUGGAAGCAGAGUCAUCACCUCUGUUACUGGGAACUCAUGUGGUGCCACAUUUUUUUGCAGGAUUGGAAGCACGCUUACUACUAUGCCGAUCUGCUCUCACGAAACAGCAGGUGGUCUAAAGCAAUAUAUUCAUACAGUAAAGCUGUACUACUGGCUUUGCUUCCUUCUGGUUUUGCGAAAUCAGUAAGUGAGGACAUGAACUCUCUCUUCCUAAAAGUAGAUAGCUUUAAAAUCAAACUGUUAGGAACUUCUGUGCCAGUAGAAAAGUUUGUUGCUGAGAAGGGUCAGCGCUAUGGUACUACUACAGGCUGGUUUAUAGCACAGCCCAUUCUGGAAUUCAUUUAUGCCUGGAGUGGUUUCCGAGUCAUGAGCAAAAAACUACACCUUAUUUCAUGCUGGCUAUCAAUAAUUGACAAAGGAGAAGAAUUUUUACAAGAAAAUCCAAAUAAAGAGUAUGCCACAGAUGACAUAACCUUGCUACAUUUACUAAAAGGUCUGUGCCUGAAACACUUAGGCAAAUAUUCAGCGGCUGAGCAGUACUUUAAUCGUGUCAUUCAAAAGGAGAAAUUGUUAAAGUAUGACCACUAUUUGGUGCCAUAUACUUACUAUGAACUGGGAAUUCUAUAUUAUCUGAAAGGAGAUUAUGCCAAUGCAACAAAAAACCUAGACAACAUAAAAAACUACAAAGAUUAUUCAAUGGAAGGUCGAUUACAGUUUAGGGCUCACAUAGCCCUUGAACACAUAGCUAAAGAAAAGUGAUUUAGACACAAAGUGUGGUUUUGUUCAUUAUGAGUGAAGUAUCUACAGUCAGCAAGGUAAUUGACAGGUAGAAAAAUCAUUUCUUUGUGGAAGAAAUCCAAGAAGGCAGCUGCUAAGACUCUGACCAGUAACAUGUAAGAAAUGAAUUACUUUUCUCCUUCCUUCUCCAUACCUAUGAAAUGGAAUGUCUUAGACUGGCAAAUGGAGUGAUGCACAUUAUUGAAAAAGGCAAAUGAUGUACAUUGUAAAAUAUAGUCUCAAAUAGUUAUGACUUCAUCAAUCAUAUUGGAGAACAUUUUCAAAAACUCAAAAAAUAUUUUUUAACAU